UGCCCGCCCAGGGCUCGAGCGUCCGCAGCGGGGCCCCGAGCGAUGCCCGCUGGGCGCCCGCGAAACUUUGUCGGCUGCACGGAAGGCAGCGGUGGCCCCGCGCCGCGCUUGGCCAGGAGCCUUCACGUAAAUGGGUCCAGUCAUGCCCGCCAGUAAGAAGCCCGAGAGCUCAGGAAUCAGCGUGUCCAGUGGACUGAGUCACUGUUACCGGGGCAGCGGCUUCUCCAAGGCCCUCCAGGAAGAUGAUGACCUCGACUUCCCUCUGCCUGACAUCAGAUUAGAAGAGGGGACCAUGGAAGAUGAAGAGCUGACCAACCUGAACUGGCUGCAUGAAAGCAAGAACUUGCUGAAGAGCUUUGGGGAGUCGGUCCUCAGGAGUGUCAGUCCCGUCCAGGACCUGGACGAUGACACUCCGCCAUCCCCUGCCCACUCGGACCUGCCCUAUGAUGCCAGGCAGAACCCCAAUUGCAAGCCCCCUUACUCCUUCAGCUGCCUCAUAUUUAUGGCCAUCGAGGACUCUCCAACCAAGCGCCUGCCAGUGAAGGACAUCUACAACUGGAUCUUGGAACAUUUUCCGUAUUUUGCGAAUGCACCUACUGGGUGGAAAAAUUCAGUGAGACAUAAUUUGUCCUUGAAUAAGUGUUUCAAGAAAGUGGACAAAGAGAGGAGUCAGAGUAUUGGGAAAGGGUCAUUGUGGUGCAUAGACCCAGAGUAUAGACAAAAUCUAAUUCAGGCUUUGAAAAAGACACCUUACCACCCACCUCCCACCCCUCAGGCUUAUCAAAGCACAUCAGGUCCACCCAUCUGGCCAGGCAGUACCUUCUUCAAGAGAAAUGGAGCCCUUCUGCAAGAUCCUGACAUUGAUGCUGCCAGUGCCAUGAUGCUUUUGAAUUCUCCCCCUGAGAUACAAGCAGGUUUUUCUCCAGGAGUGAUACAAAAUGGAGCAAGGGUUCUGAGCCGCGGGCUGUUUCCCGGCGUCCGCCCAUUGCCGAUCACUCCCAUUGGGAUGACUGCGGCCAUAAGGAGUAGCAUCACCAGCUGUCGGGUGCGGACUGAGAGUGAGCCGCCGUGUGGCUCCCCGGUGGUCAGUGGCGACCCCAAGGAGGAUCACAACUAUAGCAGUGCCAAGUCCUCCAAUGCUCGAAGCACGUCUCCCGCCAGCGACUCGGUCUCCUCCUCUUCCUCCUCCUCCUCCUCCUCCUCCUCAGCUGAUGACCACUACGAGUUUGCCACGAAGGGGAGCCAGGAGGGCAGUGAGGGAAGCUUCCAGAGCCACGAGAGCCACAGCGAGACAGAGGAGGACGACAGGAAACCCAGCCAGAAGGAGGCCAAGGAUGCCCUGGGGGACAGCGGCUACGCGUCCCAGCACAAGAAGCGACAGCACUUCGCCAAGGCCAGGAAGGUCCCCAGUGACACCCUGCCCCUCAAAAAGAGACGCACAGAAAAGCCCCCCGAGAGCGACGAUGAGGAGAUGAAAGAGGCGGCCGGGUCGCUGCUGCACUUGGCAGGGAUUCGGUCCUGUUUGAACAACAUCACCAAUCGGACGGCGAAGGGGCAGAAAGAGCAAAAGGAAACCACAAAAAAUUGAAACAAGUCUCUGAUUUGUUUUGAACUUACGGCCAUUUGGUUUCAGCAUGUCAGGAGAUUUCUAAUGAUUUGUGGCAAUAUCAGCAAUUUUUUUCUUUUUCUUUUUUUCCUUUUGUUGGUUUGGUUUUCUUUUCUUUCUUUCUUUCUUUCUUUUUUUUUUUUUUUUUUUGUUAAUUUGCCCCCCACUCCUUUGUUUUUGGACCCUUAAGAAUUUUAUGUUUAAAGGAGAUUGAAGCCAUAGAACUCAUAUUGACACUCAGCCGUUUUACAAAAGCUUUUCUUUAUCUGAAGACAAAAAAAACCGAAAGGGAAAAAAAAAAAAGCCAAAAUUAACCAUUGCUUCCUGCAGCCUGUCAGAAACCUGUGGCUGAACCCACAGGGAUGUCAACAUUAAUGUCACAGGAACACUCCCGCGCCACCGAGGAGGCACACGUGCAGAAUCAUCACGCUCAGGCCAACCCUUAGGUUUAAAAAGUCAGUUGUGUUCGGAUUGAAACUGGGGAGCAGUUGCGGAGGCUGACGAGCCCCGUGUCCCCCUUGGAACAGUAUCCUCUGAGGGUAACACCAUGCUCUGGCCCUGGUGUCCUACUGUGCCAGAAACACCAACGGCAUGGCCAUAUAGCAAGCCCAGGGCUCGGCUUAAGCCAGUCCUCUGUGCUGCUUAAGCUUGAACGUGGUACGUCUCACAAGCUGACUACCAGACUGUUCAUGUACAUCCUGUGUCAGUGACCAAGGAGAGGCAGGGAGGAUUCUUAGAGCCAUUGCUCACCACUGAAUUCUGCUCUGUAUUAAGACUUUCCAAAAGCCAUAAGCCUGAAGGUUGGCCCUGCGUGCGCAC